AUGAGGACCAAGUUAAAAGAGGGUUCCAGACCAAAGGAUGCCAACCUGGCCUCUAGAUCUGGUCUUCAUUUUUUCCCGGUUGAGGACAGUAGAAGUGUGCUCACAUAUACAGAUCUUCUCCAAGAAGCAGGGGAGUUUGGGACAUUUCAAAGGAGGCUGGUGGCCCUCACCUUUCUCCCCAAUAUACUGAGUGCUUAUUUUAUAUAUGUUCGAGCUGUUGUACUUGGGAAAAUGCCUCAUUACUGCAACACCACUUGGCUUUUGGCCAUCCAACCCAACUUGACCACUUUGCAGCUAUUCAAUCUGACCGUGCCCAGGCAGGCCGACGGGUCCUUUGAGGAAUGCCUAAUGUACUCGCCUGUCCAGUGGGACUAUGACUCUAUCGUCAAGUAUGGGCUGAACGAGACCAAGCCCUGCCAAAAUGGCUGGGUCUACGCCAGCAUGGGGGAGCUGUCACCAGUGAAUGAGUUUGACCUGGUCUGUGACAAAGCCUCAGAACGCCUCAUCGCCAUGAGUUUUUUUGUGGUUGGCCUUUUGUUUGGAUCCUUGAUCUCUGGGACCUUGUGUGACAGGAUUGGCCGCUAUAAAACCAUUCUGCUCAUGCUGCUGCUCUUUGCUGUGUUUGGGUUCGGUACGGCCUUUGUGCCCAACUUUACAGUCUUCAAGACCUUCCAGUUUGCCACGGGUAUUGCCAUUUCAGGCUAUGCAAUAAGCAGUGUCUGUUUAGUUACAGAAUGGUUGGUCCUCUCUCGAAGAGCUCAAGCAAUCCUCUUGGCUCACAGCUUUUUUGCCAUUGGUCUUGCAAUGGUUUCUUUCCUGGCCUACUUCAUCGCUCACUGGAGACUGCUAUACGUGGCUGGUGGUGCCCCAGCGAUCUUCCUGAUCUCCUAUAUCUGGAUUCUCCCCGAGUCCCCAAGGUGGCUGAUAAUGAGAGGGAAAAUAGAAAAAGCGAAGCUUGUCCUACGCACGGCAGCCUCAAUUAAUCAGAGAAUCAUACCCCAAAACCUCCUAAGGCAGCUGUCCUGUGAGGAGGAUACCCCCUACGGAACAGUCCUGGACAUCCUGCAGAACCACAAACUGCGCAAGAUAACCAUGAUCCUGGUCUACGUGUGGUUCUCCAUCAGCUGCUGCUACUUUUCCCUGACUAACCACGUAAAGAGGCUUAAAAUGAACACCCAGGGCUCCUAUCUGGCCUUCCCACUGGCGGAGGUGCCCUCCCGUUUCUUGUGCAUUACCUUCGUGGAGAAGCUGGGGAGGAAAACGACCCUGAGCUUCACCCUCUAUGUGGCGGGCUUCGCGUGCCUAACUAGUGCCUUCAUUUCCAAAGAUCUGUUCUCCAUCGAUGUAACUCUGUCCCUGAUGGGUCAUGUUGGGAUGGCUGCUGCUGUGACCGUCUCCUUUAUCUACUCAGUGGAGAUCUUUCCCUCCGUCCUCAGUAUCGGGAUCAUUAGCACCCCACUGAUUGUGGGCCUGGAAAACAGCGAGCCAAAGGCACUCAUGACCGGUUUCUCUGUACGCCCCAAGCCCACCUCCCAGCAGCAGAACCUCUUGGUUCCAGCAGAAUUCCGGGUGUCCAUGGGACAGACUUCCAGAGCAGGCGCCCCGUUUCAGGGCUUCAGGUUUGGGCAGGAUGGGGAGGGCCAGCGGCCAGGAGCUGCGCCUAUGGGGGACCCCCUAGAGACUGCCGACGUCCCCGACUCUGGGCGUCCUUUACAAGCCAGGCAGGACAACGUUUCACUGGACCAGAUCAGAACUCGAGUCUGGGACUGCUGA